AUGUGUGAGGAUAAGCUUGUGCAUGGCAAGCUUCCUUCACCUCGCAAUGACGGUAGACCAUGGAUGGCUUGGGCUGUGUUUGACGGACAUGCGGGAUGGCAGACUGCAGACCUGCUGGAGAAGCAGCUGUUGCCUCUAGUACAGCAAUACCUUCAUCAGGCUAAACUCACUUCUGAAACACAAUCUAAAUACACAGAACUCACUCAACACACCAUCACAAAAGCAUUCAUGGACUUCGACAACUCAAUCAUCGAGACAGCACGCCAAACCUCUGAAAGUACAAUGCCACUACAACAAAAGAUGCAAAGAUUACUUCCUGCUUUUGCUGGUUCAUGCGCUUUACUCUCUUUAUUCGAUCCCGUAACAAGUACUUUACAUGUAGCUUGCACCGGCGACUCUCGAGCCGUCCUCGAAAAGAAGAAUCACAACGGCACAUGGACAGCNAAUCCCCUCUCCAUCGACCAAACCGGCAGUAACGCGGACGAAAUUGCCAACAUCCAUCGCGAACAUCCCGGCGAGGAAGAUGUUGUCAAAAACGGACGUGUGCUGGGUUUGAUGGUUUCCAGAGCUUUUGGCGAUGGCCGCUGGAAAUGGUCGCAGGAAUUGCAAAAAGAGCUCAAGGAAAAGUUCUCUGCGCCGGGGUUGCCAAAAUCAGUGGAUAGAGCUGUUACUCCGCCGUAUAUUACUGCAGAGCCGGUGGUCACUAGCACUGCUGUUGAUGCUGAUACACCUUCUUUCCUCAUCGUAGCAACAGAUGGACUUUGGGAUAUGCUGUCCAACCAACAAGCCGUCAAUCUCGUGGGUAAAUGGCUAGAUGUGCAGUCCGGGAAACCCAUCACCAGCGGUUCACAACCCACUUAUGCUGCCUUUGACUUUAGCAAAUUCGAAAAAGGCGUAAACGAGAAGUUUGAAGAGGAAAGAGCGACAACUGAAGAUGAGAAUGUUGCUGUGCAUUUGAUGAGGAAUGCGCUUGGUGGAAACCACGAAGAGUUGAUCGCUGGGAGAUUGGCAGCUAGUGCGCCGAUUUCUAGGGAGUUGAGGGAUGAUGUUACUGUGCAGGUGGCUUUCUUCAAUUGUGGUGUAUAG